AUGAGGUCGGGUGGGGCUUCGUCGAAGGCAAAGGGUGAUGGCCAACGGACGGCAAAGGAUCUCCAUUUUAAGUAUCCGAUACGUUUUUGGUAUGGGGAUAGUACGGGGACUGUUGGGGUACGUAUCAGAGACGUGCCAUGGUGGCAAGGUACAACUGAUCGAAUUUGGGGACGAUCAGAGCUUCUUUGGGGAUAUUUCGGUGAUGUUCCCAGGGGUAAUUUUGACUACAACAGGCUGCGAACGGCGGCAGGUAAUAUUUGUGAACUUCCAGUUGGUGCGGCCUGUGUAGUUGAUACUCAGUUUAAAGGGCGAGGUCGGUCCAAGAAUGCGUGGGAGUCUCCUAGGGGAUGCCUUAUGUUUUCAUUUACAUUACAAAUGGAUGAUGCAAAAAUUGUGCCUGUGGUACAAUAUGUGGUGUCUCUCGCUGUGACAGAGGCUAUAAAAGAUGUUUGUCAUCGAAAUGGAUUCCCCUGUAUUGAUGUUACGAUCAAGUGGCCGAAUGAUCUGUACUUAAAUGGCCUUAAAGUUGGAGGUAUUCUAUGCACGUCAACUUACAAAUCAAAGAAGUUCAAUGUUAGUUCUGGUAAAGAGACUCAAUCCUUUUCGUUGACAAUAUUGCAAAUUCAAUCUGACAAUGUAUACUUCUGUCUGUUUGUUUAAAUUUUAAA